AUGUCUUCCAUCGGAGAAGUUGCCUGUACUUAUGCUUGCUUGAUCCUUCACGAUGAUGGCAUUACCGUUACUGCUGAGACAAUAGCUACAUUGGUGAAAGCAGCGAAUGUGAAGGUGGAAUCCUACUGGCCCACCCUUUUUGCAAAGCUUUGUGAGAAGAAAAAUGUGGAGGAGCUUAUCAUGAACGUCGGGUCGGGUGGAUCUGCUGCUUCUACUGGCGCUGUUGCCGCUGUUGCUCCUGCUGCUGUUGAAGAUGCACCUGCUGCUGCCGAGAAAAAGCAAGAGGCGAAGGAAGAGAGUGAUGAUGAGUCCAUGUUUAGCUUGUUUGAUUAG